ACGAAAACCGAAGCUUUCUCUCAGAUACAAACGCAAAGCCAAGAGAGGAGAGAGAGAGAGAGAGAUGGAGCAGUCUAGAGAGAGAAAGCAGAGCCCUAUUUCUCUCUCCUCCUUCUUCCACCAUGAUUUCAAUUUCAUAGCAUAACAAAAAUCAUCGACCCCACAAAUUUGGUAAAUUCUUCGUUCAACAAUGCCAGCAUCUCCUUCCUUCCCAUCUGGAUCUCGCGGAAAAUGGAAGAAGAAGAAGAGGGACACGCAAAUUGGCCGUAGAAACAACUAUGGGAAUAGUAAUAACAACGGCAGCAACAAGCAUGAUGAUGAUGAUGAAGAUGAAGAUCUUGCCACUGUUGAAAAUCAGGAAAUGGAACGCGAUAACGACGAUUCUGAGGACCCUCAGCCGACGCCCAAUUUGAGUCUUCAAGAGACUGAGCUCUUGUCGGAUGAUAAAAUGCGAGUCUCUGAGUUUCCUCAGGUGGUCAAGCGGGCUGUCACUCGGCCUCACUCUUCUGUGUUGGCUGUUGUGGCAAUGGAGAGGGCAAAUCAAAGUAAGGUGCUGUCUGGGAAUCCCUUGAUUUUGGAGAAUGUGUCUUACGGGCAGCUGCAGGCGCUGUCUGCUAUGCCUGCGGAUAGUCCGGCUUUGCUGGAUCAAGAGAGGGUGGAGGCUGGGAAUGCGGCGUAUGUGAUAACUCCACCAUCGAUUAUGGAAGGUUGUGGCGUGGUCAAGAGGUUUGGGAGUAGAGUUCAUGUUGUUCCUAUGCACUCAGAUUGGUUUUCACCUGCCACAGUGCAUCGACUCGAGAGACAAGUUGUUCCACAUUUUUUCUCUGGGAAAUUGCCUGACCGCACUCCUGAGAAGUAUAUGGAAAUCCGAAACUUCGUUGUUGCCAAAUACAUGGAGAAUCCUGAGAAAAGGGUCACAGUUUCAGACUGCCAAGGAUUGGUUAAUUGUGUCAGUAAUGACGAUUUAACUCGAAUUGUUCGAUUUCUUGAUCAUUGGGGUAUUAUUAAUUAUUGUGCCCCGACACCUAGUUGUGAACCAUGGAAUAGAAGUUCAUACUUGAGAGAAGAUAUGAACGGUGAGAUUCAUGUGCCAUCAGCUGCUUUGAAGCCUAUUGAUAGCUUAAUCAAAUUUGACAAACCAAAAUGUAGGCUCAAGGCAGUCGAUAUCUAUUCGGCACGUUCAUGCCAUGAUGACAAUGAUGAUUUAUGUGAUUUGGAUAACAGAAUUCGGGAGCGUCUAGCUGAAAAUCAUUGUAGCUCGUGUUCUCGAACAGUUCCCAUUGUAUGCUACCAAUCACAGAAGGAGGUAGAUGUUUUACUUUGCACCGACUGCUUCCAUGAAGGAAAAUAUGUUGCUGGUCAUUCGAGCAUCGAUUUUCUGAGGGUGGACAUGACGAAAGAGUAUGGUGAACUAGAUAGCGAAAAUUGGACCGAUCAAGAAACUCUAUUGCUUUUAGAGGCGAUAGAAUUGUAUAAUGAGAAUUGGAAUGAAAUAACAGAACAUGUUGGGUCCAAGUCUAAAGCUCAAUGCAUUAUACAUUUUCUCCGUCUAUCGGUUGAAGAUGGUAUUCUAGAAAAUGUUGAUGUGCCUGGCGUUCCUCUCUCAUCCAAUUCUUCACAUGGAAAAGAUAACGAGAAGUCACAUUCAAAUAUGAAUGGAAAUGUAGCAGGAUCUUCCUCUCAAGACAAUAAAGAGAUGCAUGAUAGACUCCCAUUUGCUAAUUCUGGGAACCCAGUCAUGGCGUUGGUUGCUUUUCUUGCAUCUGCUAUUGGACCAAGAGUUGCUGCAUCAUGUGCUCAUGCAUCCUUAGCUGCAUUAUCUGAGGACAGUGCAGCUUCUUCUGGGAGCAUAUUUCAAGUGGAAGGUUCUGUGAAUCCUAGUAGGACGAAUGUGGAGGUCACACAUGGCAGAGACGGUGGCUCCUAUGGAAAGCUUCCAAAUUCAGUCAAGCUAAAAGAUGAGAAUAAGGCAGAGACAGAGGUAACACUAUUAUCUGCUGAAAGAGUUAAAGUUGCAGCAAAAGUAGGUCUUGCUGCCGCUGCAACAAAGGCUAAAUUGUUCGCAGACCACGAAGAACGAGAAAUCCAACGGUUGUCUGCUAAUAUUAUAAAUCAUCAGUUAAAAAGACUUGAGUUGAAGCUGAAGCAGUUUGCAGAAGUAGAAACCUUCUUGAUGAAGGAAUGCGAACAAGUCGAGAGGACAGGGCAGAGAUUUGUUGCAGAACGAGCUCGAAUGUUAGGUGUCCAAUUUGGAGCUGCUGGAGUCAGCUCACCUGCGAGUUUACCGGGGGUUAUUCCUCCCGUGGUAAACAACAAUAGGGUGAGCUCACCUGCGAGUAGGCCGAAUGUGAUCUCGCCUCCACCAUCCCAGCCGAGCGUUUCGGGGUAUGGCAACAACCAACCACUUCAUCCCCACAUGUCGUACGUGCCCAGGCAGUCGAUGUUUGGCUUGGGGCAAAGGGUACCUCUGUCAGCAAUUCAGCAGCAACAGCAGCAGCUGGCCUCAACGACUUCGUCUAAUGCUAUGUUCAAUGGCCCGAGCAAUGCACAGGCUUCUCUCAGUCACCCAAUGAUGAGGCCAGUUACUGGAUCCAGCUCUGGAUUAGGCUGAACUUGGAAGAAGGUACGUGAAUUCCUUUUAAGGUCGACGACGCGUGCAGGUUAGAAAA